AUGAAGCGUGCCGUGGCCGCACCGCCCCCAGCGGCGGCGCCGAAUGAGCGCACUCCAAUGCUGCACCCGCGUCCGCUUCCGGUGGAGGUGGGGUCAAUGCAGCUGCGGGAGGAGAUGGACGAGGUGCCCUAUUGGGAGCGCAUUUACUCCCCGCUUCACCCGGUCCUUAGCAAGGUGCAGGAGCACUGCCACUAUGAGUGGGUGGCGGCUUUGCUGUCGGCCAUGAUGCUGUUGGCCCUUUUUGUGUUUGUGUUUUACCUGGACACGCCGCCCAGGCCGGAGCACUGUGUGACGCCGUUUGGUGAACUAUUGGGGGAAAGCAAAGGCGUGUUUGCCUUCAGCAACUGCAACAGGGACUAUCGCAACGUAGAGGAGCACUUUGUGCUAGUCAAGACCUCACCGGUGCACAGCGGUUUGAAGUGGCACUCUGUAGAGUAUGCGCGACGGUUCUGGUUGCUUGCAAAGUGGCCCGCCGUGCAGUUCAUGUCUGUUAGGAACGCAGAAGAUAUCUGGACGAGGGUGAAUUAUGCCUCGUACACUAAUGGGAAGCGCGUCAAACUGUUCAAGUAUGAGAACAUGCUGUCAUGUGACCGAGCGCCGGCGUUAAAUGCCACUAUGAAGAAGCAUGCAUGGAAUAGUUACAGGCCCCAAAUUGGUGAUCUACUUGUUUAUGCAAAUGAAAGCCGCCUACCGGGAGGGCACGUCGCCGUCGUUGUGGGUAUUGCCUCGCUGCCGCUCCAGGCCGCUGCUAACGCAUCCCGGAUUAGGCAGUACAGCCUGCUCCUGGCAGAGCAAAACUGGGAUAAUGCGCGGUGGCUUUGCAACGACACCUUGGAAGGAGGCACAUCAACAGUCACCGCACUGCCUUGCCAAUACUCACGCAAGGUUCUACUGCAGCAAGUGGAUAGCGCACGAAGGAUGUGUGUAACAGACCCAGGGGGAACCGUGCUCGGUUGGGUGCGUGUGUGA